AUGCAUCCCUAUCAUGAAGGAAACAGAUAUGAUGAUGAAGGAUCUCGGUUUCUCCCUAUAGAUGGCAAAAAGAAACUGACACCUGAGGAACGGCGGACGAAGAGAGAGAGUUUCUGUCCGCUCUCUUGGGUGCUCACCGUCAUCUUCGGAUCUCUUCUUAUCCUCCAGAAUGUGUAUUAUUUGGUGCAGGAGCCGGAUUGUCAUCUGGGAUCAGUCUACGAUACAGACUUUGAGCCGAUGAAAGGCGCUAUAGAAACUGUUCAAGUCCGAUUCACGAGCCCCCUCUAUAUCGACGACAAUGGCACCUUCCACCGACAAGAAGACCCCGGAGCAAUCAGAUAUGUCGGAGGCCCAGAAGAAGAUUUGGACGCCAACUGGGCAUCCUUACUUGGUGGUCGAUAUUUCCGACUCAACGACAACGAGGUGAAUACUCUCAACGAAGACACUGAGCUGCCACAUCUGUCAGCUUGGAACCAGAACGGCGAGGAACUAUAUUUUGCGGGCAUCGACAUGCUGCACUCGCUGCACUGCCUCAAUGCGUUGAGAAAACACCUCGAUCCGGACUUUCAAGACCAUACCACUGCGUGGAGCAACUCCGGCAAUCCAUAA